AAUACGUUCUGGUCGUUACUUGUACACCAACGGAAAGAAAGAACAAAAGAAGCAGAAAGCAAGUGAUCCGAGUUUACAGAGAGCUCCAAUCACUCUAUAAUUCCCAAAAAUUCUAGGGUUCUUGUUUUCAAUUUUCUCCAAACCAACAAAAUGCGGAUAUCGACAAGCAUAAUAACGAUCAUGGUUGUGAUAUUAGGGUUAAUUUCAUCACCUAUGGUGAAGGGAAUGCGGUUCGACAUCAAAACAGGAGCCACAAAAUGCAUAACGGAGGAUAUUCAAUCGUAUUCAUUGUCUGUCGGAAAAUACAGCGUUAUCAAUCCCAAUGAAGAUUAUCCGUUGCCUGAUAGCCAUCGUAUCACAAUCAGGAUAACAUCGCCACUUGGGGCGAAUUGUCACUAUGCGGAUCAAAAAGCUUUUGGUGAAUUUGCAUAUACAGCAAAUGAGGAUGGGGAUUAUAUGGCAUGUUUUUGGGUUGCUAAACAAAAUCCACCUACAACAUUAACUGUUGAAUUUGAAUGGAAAUCUGGUUUAUCUGCAAAAGAUUGGUCUAGAGUUGCUAAAAGAGGACAAAUUGAGAUGAUGGAACUUGACUUGAAGAAAUUGUUUGAUACUGUAAAUCUCAUCCAUGAUGAGAUGUAUUAUCUGCGCCGGAGGGAGGAAUCAAUGCAAGUUCUAAUUAGAUCAACCAAUUCGAAAAUGGCGACUUUUAGCUUCUUUUCCCUCAUUGUGUGCUUAGCUGUGGCUUCUAUGCAACUAUGGCAUUUGAAGACAUUUUUUGAGAAGAAGAAGCUUAUUUAG